CGAGCGUCGGGAACGCGCGAGUGAACGCUGCCUGUGCUUGCUGGAGGAGCCCUCCUCACACACAGGCUGCUUGAACGUCUGAAAGUGUUGUUCCUUCCAGUCCAGGUUCUGCUGCUCCAAAACAAAGAAAACCGUCCUCUGUGCUGCCCGAGUUUAACCGGAGCCACCGUGACCUUUGACGGACACUCUGACUUUUUCUUUCUCUUAAUUUUGACAGUGUGAGCGGCGUGUUCUUCUUCUUGGGAGGCAUGUGAUACAUCCAGGAGACUGAGGCGUGUUCGUGUUUCACGGAUGUUACCGGGAGAACAGGAGGAGGAAGGAGGCUUUUCUUUCAUCGUGGAUGUGGUUUUUUCGGGGGUUUGGCUAGCUGUUGCAUGGCAGACACAUUAAAGACAGGAUGAACACAGACUUUGGAGCUGAACAGCUUACUUUUAAUGUUGUAUGGUGAAAUAAUAGUAUUUUUUCUAACCCCGGACUGACAGCUGGUUUUGGCUUUUGUGAGGUGGCGCCGGCUAACGCUGGUCAAACACACUGGGAAGGAGCAGCUCAGGCGCGGCCAGGCGAGCCAACAAUGCAGAUGUUCUCCUGACUUUGACUUUGUGUUCUCACACUGCAGAAAGUUUUAGAUAAAAACUCGCGGGACGAACAGUGACUACUUCCUCUGCUGAUCGGUUCAUUGUCUCGGAAAGUAGACGCCGUGUCCAGCCGUGGGGGGCUGUAAUCAUCACAGGUGCACAGGUUCUCUGUGAAGCUGCGUGGAGACUAGAAAACACCCAGCGGGGACAAGCAUGGCGAACGACUCCAUCCAAAGUGACCCUGGCGAGCUGUCUGUUCUGGAGCAGCUCGGUUUGGACCAGAACUCUGACUUCUCAGACUCGAGCGUUCAGCAGCUCCUGGAUGAGCAGCGGGAGAGGAUUCGCAGGGAGAUUCGGAAGGAGCUGAAGAUCAAGGAGGGUGCUGAGAACUUACGCAGGGCCACGACUGACAAGAGGAACGCACAGCAGGUGGACAGUCAGCUGCGCUCUUCGAACCGGAGGCUGGACAACCUGCACGCUCAGCUGCAGGAGCUGGAUGCUCACAUCGUGGUGAAGGGAGGCGAGGACAGUAAAGAUGAGUGUCCUCGGUCUCCGGGGGCGGAGAGCCGCACGUCAGCCCACAAAGAACGCAUCGCUGCCCUGGAGAGGCAGCUCAACAUCGAGCUCAAAGUCAAACAGGGGGUGGAGAAUAUGAUCCCCAUCUACGCCAAUGGAUCCACCAAGGAUAAGAAAAUGUUGCAGACAGCCCAGCAAAUGCUGCAGGACAGCAAGACCAAAAUCGACAUCAUCCGAAUGCAAAUACGGAAAGCUGUGCAGGCCACUGAGCACACAGAGGACACACAGGGUAACCAUGACCUCUGUGGGGUGGAGCUGCGUAUCGAAGAGCUGAGACAUCACUACAGGGUGGAACACGCCGUCGCUGAGGGCGCCAAGAAUGUCCUCCGGCUCCUUGGGGCCAACAAGGUUCAGGACAAGAAGGCCCUGUCUGAGGCACAGUCUCGUCUCAGCGAGGCAUCUCAGCGGCUGGACCUUCUCAGGGACUCCUUGGACCAGCGUUUGUUAGAGCUGCCAGAGGACCAUCCCAAGGCCAGCAUUAUCAAGGAGGAGCUGGUUUUGGCCUCCUCCCCGGCUUUCAGCUCCCGCAACGGCGCCCCCUAUCUGCAAAACCAAUACAGCACCCUUAACAAGCCCUCUCCUCUCACGGGCACCCUGCAGGUGCAGCUGCUGGGCUGUGUUGGAUUGUUGGAGGUUGUCCCAGGUCGCAGUAAAGGGACAUCUGUCACGCUGCCUAGCUACAGCCCUGGAGACACCAAGUCCUUCAUGAGAGGCAGCAAGGGACUGUACGGACGCAGCGGCUCCGUCAGCGGGAAGACGCCCAGCAAGACGGAAGAACUCUCCUCUGAGGUGAGCGCUGUGCUAAAGUUGGAUAACACAGUGGUCGGACAAACGGCUUGGAGGACUGUUGGAGAGCAGGCCUGGGAUCAGACCUUCACUGUAGAGCUGGAAAGGUCAAGAGAGCUGGAGAUUGCCGUUUACUGGAAGGAUUAUCGCUCACUGUGCGCCCUGAAGUACCUGAAGCUGGAGGAGUUCCUGGACAACCAGAAGCACAGAGUUCAGUUGGAGCUCGAGCCUCAGGGCUUGUUGCUAGCUGAGGUGACCUUCUUUAACCCAGUCAUCGAGAGAGUUCCUCGCCUCCAGAGACAGAAGAAAGUCUUUUCAAAGCAGCAAGGCAAGGCGUUCCUUCGGGCGCGUCAGAUGAAUGUGGACAUCGGGACGUGGGUGAGGUUGCUCCGAAACGCCAUCCCCACCGUGAACAACUCAGGAACCUAUAGUCCCAGCACACACAGCCUGACUCUUAACUCCGGGGAGAUCUCAGUGGAGAAAUUGAGUCUGGACGACUGUCCCAUAAGAGGAGAUUACAAGAGAGAAACGGACACACUCACUCCUGUGAGGCAGACAGAGAAAGAGGAAAACCGGGAUAUAGGGGAGGAUCACCCAGCAGUCAUCGAGACCCUCUCUCCCCAAGACCCCACCCCUGAGUCCCCUGUCCAAACCCCAUCUGCUGGCAGGCAAAAGAAAGGACCACUGUCCCUUCAGGACUUCAAGCUGAUUGCUGUGUUGGGUAGGGGGCACUUUGGGAAGGUGCUGCUGUCAGAGUACAAGAAGACGGGCACGAUGUACGCCAUCAAAGCCUUGAAAAAAGGAGACAUAAUUGCUCGGGAUGAGGUGGAAAGCCUAAUGUGUGAGAAGCACAUCUUUGAGAUUGUGAACAUGUGUCACCAUCCCUUCCUGGUCAACCUGUUCGCAUGCUUCCAAACGCCGGAGCAUGUUUGCUUCGUGAUGGAGUACACAGCAGGAGGCGACCUGAUGAUGCACAUCCACACGGACGUCUUCACAGAACCACGAGCUGUGUUUUAUGCUGCCUGUGUGGUUCUUGGACUUCAGUUCCUUCAUGACCAUAAGAUUGUGUACAGAGACCUUAAGCUUGACAACCUUCUGCUGGACAGAGAUGGUUACGUAAAGAUUGCUGACUUUGGACUGUGUAAAGAAGGAAUGGGCUAUGGGGACCGCACAAGCACAUUUUGUGGGACCCCUGAGUUUUUGGCCCCAGAGGUCCUCACGGAUACAUCUUACACCAGAGCCGUGGACUGGUGGGGACUCGGGGUCCUCAUCUAUGAAAUGUUGGUUGGAGAGUCUCCAUUCCCUGGUGAUGAUGAAGAGGAGGUGUUCGACAGCAUUGUGAACGACGAAGUCCGCUACCCCCGCUUCCUCUCCACUGAGGCCAUUGGGAUUAUGAGACGACUGUUACGGAGGAAUCCAGAACGAAGGCUCGGAUCAGGCGAGAAGGAUGCAGAGGAGGUGAAGAAGCAGCCAUUUUUCAGAAACGUGGACUGGGAAGCAAUGCUGCAGAGGAAGGUGCCCCCUCCCUUUGUCCCGUCUAUUUGCGGCAAGGAAGACGUCAGCAACUUCGACGAAGAGUUCACCAUGGAGCCUCCGGCACUGACGCCUCCACGGGAGCCGCGCACGCUCUCCCGCAGAGACCAGGAGAGCUUCAGAGACUUCGAUUACGUCUCGGACCUCUGCUAGUGAACUGAAACUGCAGGCCUCAAAGGAAUGUUGGAUAUUUCUAAAGGCUUCGUCGAAGUUUAAGUCCCCAGCGGACGGGUGGUCUCUGCCUGCUGGCCGCACUCAUCUGCUAUUAAUUACACUGUGAAUGAACACAGAGACUGAGGGGAUUUUAGUGUGUCUACUUUUUAAAGAUCGUGAACUGUUAAAUCAAAGCUAGGACAGGUAGUUGUUGGGCUUAGAUGCUCCAUCACUAAAGAAGGAUAAAAAUAUAAGACCCUUUCAUCCAGUCAGUGUACACCAGAGAGGAAAGCGCUGGUCUUUCAUAAGACUCCUCUUAUCCUGGUAUGUGUAGCAACCUGUGCAGCUGUGAGGGGAGCAGCUGUGUACUGAUGACUGAUCAGGGGUUACUCUGUGGCCUCUCAAACCAAUGCCUUACAUUUUUACUUCCAUGUGUUUUGUGAUCCUUUGUAAACAGAUUAAAAAAGCGUGCAGUGGUAAAGGAAAAAAGAGAAUAUGUGCUCAAAAUUUGGUGAUUAUAUCUGAUACUCUUUGAUUUUAGAUUUUUAACUGUAGGGUAUAAACAAAACCACUGCUGUGGAUUAUUCUGGUGAUGUCCGCAAACGUCUUUUUAAAACUCUCCUGUUUUGAUUUUAUGUCUGUGAUUAGCAAAUACGUUGUAUUUAAUGCUUCCUUUGUGCAUUAUUCAGCAUCCAGCACAUUUUUUUAAAUGAGAUACUUUGAUUGGUAGAUUUAGUUGUCGCACAAAAACACUUAAAAGUCAGCAUUAAAACUAUGCUGCAUAGAGGUUACUGAAAGGUAAAAAUCUGAACACUAAACUGUGAUGUAUCAUGUUGUCACCUGUGGGUUGCAGGUUAAUUCAGUUAAUUACAUGUUAAUUACAUGCUACCAGAGUGUCUUCUGCAUGAAAUAAGCCAUUUCUCUCCAGGACCAGUAAAUCUUUAAGCUCAGCGGUUGCACACUUUUUUUUUUUAGGGUCUGAUUUAAGAACAUCACCAGAAGGGUGAUGAGGAUAACAAACCUUUUCUUCGUGGAUCCUCUCCGAUAGAUGUCAGCGGUGAGCGCCAAAUGUCGCUGCAAUAAACCAUCCUACGAGAGUUCAACAGAGGAAAACAUGUUGCAUAAAUAAACCAACAAAAAUCGAUUUCAUUUUAUGUAAACAUUUAGAGUACAGGAGUUGUUUGUUGUGCAACUAUAUGACCGUAUUGUUUGGAUUUUUCUUGUGUACGAUGAUAAAAACCCAGAAAACAUGAGAUGACAUCUUUUAUAAAGAAAUCCUGCAGUGAA